CGACACAGCAAGCUUCUUUCGUUGACCUUGGGGCUCAGGUUUAUCGUCAGUCUAGUGUUCUACCCACCAGCUCGUACCCAUACCUCCUGACCCUCUACCUCCCAUUUCGAUCUCACAGCGCCUGGAAGAACCACCGCAAAGAUGCCUCGAGCCGAAGUUGGGUCGACCAAGUACAUCGCCAACCAGAUGAAGUCCAAAGGGCUUCAACGGUUGCGAUGGUACUGUCAGGCCUGCCAACGUCAAAUGCGAGAUGAGAACGGCUUUAAGUGUCACGUCGCCUCGGAAUCGCAUGUGCGUCAGAUGCAACUUAUUGGGGAGGAUCCAAAGAAGGCCAUCAACGAUUACUCGAGACAAUUUCUCAGGGAUUUCGUACAGCUCUUGCGAACGGGUCAUGGAGAGAAAAAGGUUAACGUGAACCAUUUCUAUCAAGAAUACAUCUCGAACAAAAGCCACGUCCACAUGAAUGCAACGAAGUGGCCUAGUUUGACGGAAUUCGCAAAAUAUUUGGGCAGGGAAGGCAUUUGCAGAGUAGACGAGGAUGAGAAGAACGAAGAUCGUGGCGGUGCAAGUGCAUUGACGAUCAGUUGGAUCGACAACAGCCCGGAAGCGCUUCGGCGGCAGGACGCUCUGCGGAAAAAAGAACGACAGGAUCGUGGCGAUGAGGAGCGGGAACAGAAGAUGAUACAGGAGCAGAUCCGGAAAGCGAAGCGUGAAGGAAGAGGCGCUACUGCAGAAGAGGAAGAAGAUUCUGAGGAUCUCGAGGGCACGGAAGGCGAGGGAUUUAAACGCAAAGACGGCGAGAAGAUUGUCCUCAGUUUUGGUGCAAAGAAAGCCUCACCAGAAGCGACCCAACCACCAACACCUCCGUUACCAGAUAAAGAUGAGACAUCCUCCGACAAAGGCAAAGCAACAUCGUCCGCGUCAACGUCUGAGUCCACUCCUGCCGACCUGACCACUGCAGCCUCUUCAGAUCCUGCCGACGGUGGUACCAAGAUACCAGAGAAGAAGCAGCCGUUUUCAAUGUCAAUCGGUGCUUCGACGGCCAAGCCCAAAAAUGUCUUUGCAGCAGCGUCUAAGAAGAAACCUUUGGUGGGAGCGAACAAAACUGCAGGCCUGACUCCUUCUCGACCUAUGAGUGAAGCCGAAAGGAUCAUGAAAGAAGAGAUCGAGCGUAAGCGACAACGCGAAGCGCAUAGCUUGAGACCAGGCCAGAAUUCGUUCAAAAAGCAGCGCAUUUCAUAAUAUGCACACUAUCGCCAACAAGGGAUGCGAUACUUCGAAAUGGGAAUCAAGCCCAUAAUCGCCAAGGAGUCUAUGAACGACGUAGAGGAUGGUGUCAAUCAAGGACUACAAAAAGUGGUACAAAAAACUACAAAACUUUUUCCACCCUACCAGGUAUUCGAACAUCUGAACUUUUUUAGAGUCCGCAGAGUUAUGGUUCGUCUGGGUUACGGUUAACGGGUGGGAAGUUGAAACUCUGGCCUCUCUUCUCAUGGUUCUUGAUCCUCGAGAAGGCUUGGUUUUUUUGGUUUUGAUAGUUUGAGCUAUUGACACCUUCAUCGAGCAUCCACAUUGAUUGUUGCGGUGCUACUCUGAUUGUCGAGGAUAAUUCGAGGAGUUUGGUAUAUCAACAUUGGGAUUUUUAUGGGUCUGGGGUGUCGGCAUGAAAGGCGGGCAAAAGGCGAGCGUGAAGUGAAUGCAUGUAUGCAUCUUCAUCGUGUGAUUAGCCUGGUCGCGUGCUGGCAAAGGCGGGAACGAAUGAAUACCAUGGUUUGAGAUUAGCAAGAGCGUUAUUCAAGGGUUUACAACUGCAGUAGGGCAGCCAAUUUUGAUACAUCAUACGGCGGCAGCGCGUGCGUGAGCUGUGCCACAAUCUCAUUCAAAGCAUUCUGC